UUGUUCACUUGAUCCACACAAUAGCUCUGUUGCUGAUGCUGGCUGGCCGGUGAUUGACUCACCUGCUCUUCCAACCUGCCCAGUGGCAAAUUCUUUGUAGCCCCUAAUGCCUUCCUCCUCCUACUCAGAGCAUUCCAUCCCACCCUCAUCUCACCUCACCACCUUUCCGAACCCCUUUCAGGAUGAACCAGAGCAGGGAAUACUUCCAGCAUUCCUUUCAAAGGUGAAGCAAACAUUUGCAUCAGGUAUAUCCCAACCUCCUACCCAAAAUUCCCAUGCCAGCUCCGACAGGCUACCCCUCUCGAUAGAAGGUGAAAACAAAUUCGCUCAUGACCGGGAUUCGAACCCCAUCGCUCCGCCCAGGGAAGGUGGUCAGACAGAGGCGCAGGCCAUUGCAGAGGCAGUCAUGAAGAACAGGAUUCAGACGGCUGCUCAAGGUGCACUUCCGAACUCAGCAGUUGAGCAGCAGCAACGCAUGCACGGGCAGUCGGCUGGUUCGAUCAGCGCCGUUGUAGCUACAGCCGCAGAGGCGCUGCCCUCAACACAGUCCACAGCCCAUCCCUCAAACUUGUCUAUCCAUACUUCGCAUGACCAGUCCCUGAAUCCGCCUAUCGGUCCUGUCAAUACUUUCGGUAGCUCAAAUUCUCACCCACCCGUCCCCGCAUCUGUUGCCUCGUCCCAAGUCUCUAUUUCAGGGCCGAAGCGCGCUGUCGCUUCUGGAGGGCCACACUGGCGUCCAUCCGGUGUCGCUCCUGCGCAGGUUACUAUUUCGCCCGUGACAACGACAGUGCAGACUGCGAGCAAGGAACCUAUUUCUUCUCCUGCUAGACCAAUUCCCUUUCCGAGUGCCAAGGUUCCACAUCGAGGUAACGUCAACCGUCAAAACUCUAUAUCCUCUUCCUCGCGCGCUCCAACCCCGCUACCUCACCACAUUCACACCAAUCCUCUGUCGACAGGCCAAAAUAAACGCCUUCGUAGAUCAUCUGUUGCGACCCUUCCCGAUUCACCUUCUUCCCUUUCCAUUUCCGGUAUGAUAGCUGCCAACGCCGAAUUAACUCAGAGUCAUAGCUACGUUCCUGGAUUCCCUUUAGCACAAGAUGACACCAGAAGCGUGAGAAGCAUGGGGGCCGUCAAGAGGCUGAAUAGUGUCAGCAGGAUUAUCAAAAGGAUGAAAGGAGACGGCUUAAGUAAACAAUACUGGAUGGCGGACGAGCAUUGCAAGGAAUGUUACGACUGCAAAUCAGUUUUCACGGCAUGGCGAAGGAAGCAUCAUUGCCGGAUAUGCGGUCAGAUAUUCUGCUCUCGUUGUGCAUCCAAUAUCAUCGGUGCUCGUCGUUUUGGCCAGGAAGGAGUUGUAAGGGUUUGCAAUCUUUGUCUCAAGAUUAUGGAAGAGUACAAGGACGACGACGACGAUGACCGUCGGUCAAUCAAUUCAUUCUCUACGUCCGUUCACCGUUAUCCGAGUAUAUCCGACCGAGCAUUUCUCAACACUGCAAUGUCCCCAGAGAUGCCGUAUGCUAAAUCCCCCUUUGCCGCAAGCCAGCUAUUUAGCUCCCAUCCUAACGACUCACUUAUGGCCAUUGACGAGGCCUCGGUUCCCAUGCAAUGGGACGAUGGUCGUCUUGAUGCGGAGAGAGCCUUCAUUCUCAAUGAAGUCGGCGGGCCACCAACACCCACUGGAGAUGAUCGUAUAUGGGCAGGAAGACCGCCAACUGUAGCGCCCUUCAGGAGACCCGUAGAGCUGGACCAAAAGGUCGCUGCCGACCAAGAAGAAGCUGACGGAGAUGGUCGCGUCAGCACUCCUGUGUUGGAAACCUCGGGUUCCGCAUUGCAUGCCACGCAUAGAGAUGCGACAAGUUCACCCUUUCCUAGGACGAAUACCAUGUCGACAGACGACGAUGUAGAAAGAGCACCACUGAGUCGCGAAGAUUCAGGUCAUCCUCUCAUUGGUUUGAAGACGAGGAUGAAUCAGGCAGUCCUUACUGCAUUGUUGGAUUCAGAAAAGUCGGAGGGACUCUGGAGAGCGAGGUCGCACUCUUUCGCACACCAACCCGAAAUGUUAACAGGCGCAAGCCUCCAACAUUUCAAACUCAUGCUUUCACAAGCUAUCGCACGUGCCGAACUUCCCAAAGCCGAUGAAUGGCAUCGAAUUCUCACCAAUCUCAUUCUCAAAGUACCUCUCAACUUACAGCCCAAUGUACGCGCUGGGGAUGAUAUUGACGUUCGAGCGUAUGUCAAAAUCAAAAAGGUCCCAGGUGGGAAAAUCAGUGACUCGGAGUACGUAGACGGAAUUGUCAUAACCAAAAAUGUGGCCCACAAAGCCAUGUCCAGGAGACUUGUUAACCCGCGCAUAAUGGUGGUCACCUUCCCUUUAGAUUACCACCGGGUUGAUAAUCAGUUUAUGUCGUUGGAUCCGAUACUCGCCCAGGAAAAAGAUUAUUUACGGUUACUGACGAAACGCAUCGUUGACGCCCGACCUCACAUUGUAUUGGCCCAGUCCUCUGUUUCACGAAUCGCACUCGACUACCUGCUAGAAGCUAACGUCGCGCUUGCUCGCAGCGUCAAAGCUUCUGCUAUCCAGCAGGUGGCCAGAUGUACUCAAGCAGAUAUUGUUGCUUCGAUGGAUCGACUCGUCCUUGAGCCAAGAAUGGGUCGAUGCGGAGAGUUCAGGAUUCAAUCUUUUGAUCAUGAGCUUAUCCCAGGUAGAAGAAAAACUUUAAUGAGGUUCGAAGGAGCAAGCAGGGAGCAAGGCUGCACGAUCAUAUUGCGCGGUGCGGAUUUGCCAACUUUACGCAAGGUUAAAGUGAUCACGGAUUUCAUGGCGCUCGUGGCAUAUCAUCUGAGAAACGAGGUGAUAAUGUACAACGACGAACACAACAUUCCACCACCUAAGCCUGUGCUCCCAACGGAGUACCGCGAGCUUCUGGACCUUCUCGACUCCGAUAGAUCACCCACUGAAGGUAGUCCUUCUUGCGACACACCUUCGCAACUUUCUCAUUCCACCGCCACCCUUAAACCCAUAACUUCCCCUGAUAAUAUCGAAUUCGUAUCCGAAUCUUCUUCAACUCCUAGGCCAAAUCUCAAUCCUAUCCAGCUUGAUGACAAACAACUUGAGAAGCGUGAUGCUCUGGAAGUGACGAAACAGAUUGCUAAGUCCCUUGAACCUUAUCUGACAGUCGCUUUGUCUUCUUCCGCAGCAAUAAUGUUUCCCCCACCUGCUAUCUUGGCGAAGAUGGCUGCGCUUGAUCGGAGAUUGUCAGAGCUGAGGGUGAACAGGGAUGAAGCAGAGGCAGCGCAGAUAUUAGAAGAGGAAACAAAAGUGGCAGAGGUAUCAAAAGAUAAUGCUCCUACAGUGGGGACUACCGAUUCAGAGACAGCCUCAUUAGCCCCGACAUCGAUUUCUGAAGCGGCUGGAACCUCCUCUGAAGUGCCGAUUAAUGAUGCUAUGAGUGCCUAUCCAACGACAUCUACAAGCAAACCACCAAUACGAGAUCCUUAUCACAUUCUUCGGAAGCCCCAAGAAGUAUCCCAAGAAAGUGCGCUGGCGCAAGUAGAACAUGCCCAUCAAGAACAGAUCAGACUAUGGCAAUGGUACACGCGGAGAUUUGCAGAAGAACUCCGCCCUGAGAACUAUCAAGGCAUUGUUUACUUGUCAUCGCUGGGUUGUGAAGGUGCUGAAAAGCCAUGUGUGGAGCCGUCUCUUCAGCAUAUCGAUUAUUACCAGCCCGGUGAUCAGACUGUCGGCCAGUUUCUCGAAAGUCUUGCCAUCGUGGCUCCGGACCAAUGUACUAGCAAGAACUGCGAACGUCUACUACUCUUCCAUUACCAUUUACUAGUGCAUGGUCAACGUCGCCUGCAAAUUGCCGUAGAUCAGUUCCCUUGCCCUUCCCCAGGACAUGAAGACCAAAUCAUCACAUGGUCCUAUUGUCGACAAUGUGCCACCCCAUCGCCCACGACCAUCAUGAGAGAAGAAACUUGGAAAAUGUCUUGGGGCGCUUAUCUGGAGCAAUGCUUUUAUCCACCAGAGAUUCGAGCUGGUUUUUCUUGUCCCCAUGACGCAUUUCGCGAUCAAAUUCGAUAUUAUGCCCACCGAAAUUUGGCAAUUAGGAUACAUAAUGAGCAGAUCGACCUCUUUGAGCCUGUACGGCCAUCGAUCAAACUACAGAUUAAGGCGGAGACUAAGGUGAUACUCAAGAAUAGGGAAUACGACAGCGCAUUGGCGAAAAUCUAUGCAUUCUUCGAUUCAGUGGCGUCGCGGCUGAGAACGAUUGACGUGGAAGGCGUGCAGUCAGAUAAAGUAUCCCGUCUUAAUGCAAACGUUGAAUCUAUGCUUGUUCGAGCGGCCAGCGACCGAGAAGAGAUCAUCAAUCUGUUGAACAGGACGUAUAAGCUCACUCCAAUUACAGAUGUACUAUCACUGAACAUCGUAUUGAGAGCUUUGCAAGACAAAGUAGUCCAGUGGGACGUAGAUUUUGCAGACAUUGAGAAGGCUUUCAUGCCCACAGAGAAAGACCUGAAAAAAAUGACCGCAUCCCACCUAAAACGUUUUUUUGCAAAUCAAGAUGCCCCCGGUUCAUUAGAGCGAAGUGCUUUAGCCGGAACACCUUCAGUGGUUUCGGAAGAGCAUGAGACCAAAGACGAUGUCGCUCCUACUCAAGCACCGAGCGACAAGCAAACGACUAUAAUCGGACUCAGUUCCGAUACAACUACGGAUGGCGCAGCUGCCUUUGCCGAUAUCGCUACAGCGAAACUCGAUGACGCCUCAGUAACACCUACUGCUGGCAUACUCCAACCAAUGUCAAACCCGUACUCAAGAUCUGUGAGGUCGAGUUCGAAAGAGACAGAGGAUGACAGUGAUUCAACAGUAUUUGCAACCCACGAUGAUCUUGUGGACAAAGGAGACGGUAAAGCCACGAUAGAGCCAAGCACUGAGAAUGACACUUCUCAGUUUGUGUCUCGCCUUCCCCGACGCGCAGCUCCUGCUCCAAGCAUAGCAGACCUUGUUCAACGCUUCAACGAGUCUACUCAGCUAGCCCUGCCGGGACUGACUUGUUCUCCGGAACAUACACGCUCUGCUGGAGGCUCUCGUCGUCAAUCUCCCCGGCAAUAUUCAUCGCAUGAUAUUUCCGACAGUGAUCAUAGCUCUCGAAAUCGUCCAAGAUUGCGUCGUGGAAAGACUGAACAGCCCUCUCAUCGUCAACGGGACGCCUCCAGGCCCGGAUUGAUGUCUGAUGGUGAUCGAAGCUACGCUACAAACGCAUCACGUAUAUCAUCUUCUUCGCAUCUUCAUAGAUCAGUUGGCGAAAGUAAGAAUAACGAUUAUCCCACUGUGAGACCCAGUAUGGGCUCUCGUGCCCCAUCAUACACCAGCAACAUCCCUCCGCGUUCCGGUAGAGCCUCUCCCAAGUUGAGAUAUCCCGUUGUAACUCACGUUCAAUCUCUCUUCGAUCUUGAAGAAGGGAAGCCUCGGGUUGCUGGUAAAGGUAAAUCGCCUAGACGUCCAGAGUCUACCACGCCGAUUGUGGGUAAGAACGUAGGCCGUCGUUCUCAAAGUGGUACUUCUCGAGUAAAUUCCAUUGCACGUCACUUCGAUCGUCUCUCGAGAGAGGCCGAAAAGGAGCGUCAAAAACGCAUAUCCGUUGUCAGAGGGAAACGAGCUAGGCCAGUCAGUGUAACCAAAGCUAAGGUACAGGUGUUUGACAAUCUUAGGGAUGCGUUUAAAGACGAGUUCGACACCGACUCAUCAGAGGCUGAUAAUGAAGAGGAUGAGCUAGGGAGUGAUGAUAGUCUGGGUUCAGCAGACGAGCCGAUCUCAAGAACGAAGGCAGAGUCAUUUUCAAACAAUUCCUCUCCCACUAGGCCGAUUGGCUCGUCUGUACCAAUGGCCACAUCUCCUUCCCUACUGCCCGAGGCAAGCUUAUCAAAAGACGAUCUUGUCACAAUGAGUCCUCCCAUUGCAUCCGAGACCACUACCUCUAUCCUUAGUGACUCCAAAUCGGAAAAGUCGUUUACCGACCGUCUGAAGAUAGAACUUCCAAGUUUUGAGACCAGUGCGCCUCUUCCGAGUCACCCAGCGACCCCACAAGUCCAUACCGAUACCACAACAGCAGACGAGGCAUUGGGAGCGGUUUCUGCCUCACAAACCUCUGACGUCGAAACAAGCACAGCAAACGAGAAAUCAAGUUUGCUAAAGUCGCUGAGUGGAUUAUGGGCAUUUCGGGCGGCCGAUUUCGCUCCACUGGAAUAUCCAUUAUCAGCAUCGGAACACAUCUUUGCAGAUUCUAAGGUCAUUAUACGUGAGACUGAGCCCACCAGCAUUAUCGCAUUUACCCUUAGUUCGAAGACGUACAGAGAUAAUUCAAAGGCGUGGUCGACUAGCAGACAGGAAGAGGGCAGAUUCGAUACAUUCAUGCCAGAAGAGGCUAUGAGCGCUAAUCAUCCAGCAGCAUGGGAUGCUGUUUCGCUGGAGGAUGUCGAUGAGACAGCGAGACAGGAAAGAGGUACACAUAUGAAAUAUGAUUUCGAGUCCGGAGCUUCGACCAUCUUCUGCAGGAUCUUUUUCGCAGAGCAGUUUGCCGCACUCCGUAAAGCCUGCAAUUGCGAAGAUAGCUUUGUGGAGUCGCUCGCACGUUGCAUUCAAUUUGACGCAUCCGGGGGGAAAUCAGGGUCAGCGUUCCUCAAAAGUCGAGACGACCGGUUCAUUGCAAAGGAGAUUACUCGUUACGAGAUGGACGCUCUCACGAAGUUUGCACCCGCCUACUUUGACUACACUCGCAAGGCUUUCCAAGGUCAGCGGCCGACGGUCCUCGCGAAGAUAUACGGGUUUUUCAAGAUCGGCUUCAACAACGCCAUCACUGGCAAGGCUAUGAAGAUGAAUGUUCUCGUCAUGGAAAAUCUUUUUUAUGAACGCCGCUUUGCCAAGAUUUACGACUUAAAGGGUAGUACUCGUAAUCGACUAAUACAACCAACAGGACGCAUAAACGAGGUGCUACUGGAUGAGAACUUGAUGGAGAUCGUCUAUAAGCACCCAUUGUAUCUCCGUGAACAAUCGAAGCGUGUAUUGCGUACUGCCCUCUUCAACGACACCCUUUUUCUUUCAAAUCUCAAUGUCAUGGAUUAUUCUUUGGUCGUAGGGGUGGACACUGAUAAGCAUGAGCUGGUAGUGGGGAUUGUUGAUUAUAUCAGGACUUUUACGUGGGAUAAGAAGCUGGAAUCAUGGGUAAAAGAUUUGGGGGCCGGAGGAAAGGGAGAACCGACCAUUGUAACUCCCAAACAAUAUAAACUGCGUUUCCGCACAGCGAUGGAACGUUUCUAUUUUCCAUCGGUCCCAGACCGGUGGACUGUAGUAGUACCGGAUGAAGCCCAGGUAGAGGAAGAUGAGCCCGGAGUAGGCGCGACAGGUUGAAACCACGUUAUACUUCAUGAUUUUCUCUUGCGAAUACCACCGACAUAUGUCUAAGCGUGGGAUUUGAAGUACAUUUAGCUUAUUUUGUAAUGGCAGAACUGUAGUACAUAUUUACUAUAUUAAAUCUAUGGGAAGGGGUCAUGUCAUUCAUUGAAUCGCGU